AUGGCUAAAGAAAAUCAUACUGUAAAACAUGAGUUUAUCCUCACAGGAUUCACAGACUACCCAGAGCUGAAGACCCUUCUGUUUGUGGUGUUCUUUGCCAUGUAUCUGAUCACCAUGGUGGGGAAUCUUGGCCUGGUGAUACUGAUUUCAAAAGAGCAUCAUCUUUGCACACGAAUGUACAUCUUUCUGGGCAACCCCGCUCUCGUGGAUUCUUGCUGUGCCUGUGCCAUUACUCCUAAGAUGUUAAGGAACUUCUUUUCUGAAAACAGAAUGGUUUCCCUCUAUGAAUGCAUGGCACAAUUUUAUUUUCUUUGCACUGUUGAAACUGCAGACUGCUUUCUUCUGGUGGUAAUGGCUUACGAUCGCUAUGUGGCCAUAUGCAACCCACUGCAGUACCACACCAGGAUGUCAAAGAAACUCUGCAUUCAGAUGACCACAGGGGCCUACAUAGCUGGAAACCCGCAUUCUAUGAUUCAUAUAGGGCUUCUAUUUAGGUUAGUUUUCUGUGGAUCAAAUCACAUCAAACACUUUUACUGUGAUAUUCUUCCUUUAUAUAGGCUCUCCUGUGUUGACCCUUAUGUCAAUGAACUGGUACUGUUUAUCUUUUCAGGCUCAAUUCAAGUCUUCCCAAUAGGUAGUGUCUUAAUAUCUUAUCUCUACAUUCUCUUUACUAUUUUCAAAAUGAAAUCCAAAGAGGGAAGGGUCAAAGCCUUUUCUAGCUGUGCAUCCCACUUUUUGUCAGUUUCAUUAUUUUAUGGCUCUCUUUUCACGUACAUUAGACCAAAUUUGCUUGAGGAAGGGGAUAAAGAUAUACCAGCUGCUAUUGUGUUUACAGAAGUAGUUCCUUUACUAAACCCUUUUAUUUGUAGCUUAAGAAAUAAGGAACUAAUAACUGUUUUGAGGAAAAUUCUGAAGAAAAAAAAAUCUCAAAAAAGUUUGAAACAAAUGGGGUCUACUGUACCUUAA